AUGGCCUUUCAGACAAGCUUCCUCAGAGAUGGCGAGUGGGUGACCGAGACUGUCAACUUCCAGUCCGCCCUACGCCAGGCCACGGCUGCUACUGCGCCGGCGCCUGCUCAUGAGCGUCACCCCGAUCCUCCAUCCUGUGGCAUUCUCUCGAGGACGGUCAUCGAGAGUCCCAUCGUCCAUCGCGUUCUUCCGGUUCGGCUGCGGUCCAAGACACAUAAUGACAUUGCCUUUAUCGGUGAACGCUUUGUGCAAAUAAGUGAGCUGCGGAGAGAUGGCCAAGUGCACGAGGUUGCACAGAAGAGUGAUUUCGGCUCCAGGAUCCGCAGCGUCGUUGUGCUUGGCGAUGCUUUGGAACAUGGUCUUGACGACGAAAACCCUGGCAGCUUUGCCAAGUCGGAAGAUGACGACUUGCCCAUGCCUGACGCAUCAGAUGUGCUCCGCGGCAGUGGGAACCGGUCACUCCCCCCUCAGCUACUCGUGCUCAUGCUCGACUCUGGCGACGCAGUCUUUCUCUUUCUCAGAGAGCAACAGAAUACGCCGCCCGAGUUUGUGCUCAACACGUACAACCUCCCACGAAAAAUACCGUAUCUCGGUUAUCACUUGGCCAUCGACCCCUCGUCCCGCUACAUGACCGCGGCGUCUCCAGAAGGCGUCCUCGUCGUCUUCGAGCUCGAGGAAUUGACGAAACUGAACGCCCAGUACAUGGCCCGAGGCUCCUUUAGCCCCGUCAAGUCUGCCCGCCUUCGCCUCAUCCAGGGGGUGAUUCACAAGCUCGAGUUCCUCCAACCGCGCCCAGAAGACGACUACCACAUCAUCCUAAUUCUGAUUGUCAUUCGAAGGGAGAGAAGCCUUGGUGAGCCAGUCACGCGCAUGGUCAUCUAUGAGUGGGAACUGGGCGACAACCUGAAAGACGUCUUUGCCGGAGACCAGACCGGCAAUCGACUUCCCCAGGAGCACAAAAUGCCACUGCUCUUAAUACCCCUGAGAUUCAGCACCGCUUUCUUCACUGUUUCCGAGGAGUUCAUCGGUAUCGUGAAGCACUGUCUGUCAGGGUCUCCUGUGUUCGAGUCGUUGUGCGCAGAUCCGCCGAGUCAGACCCGCCUGCAUCAUGGAGUCCACAGCCCGCUCUGGACCGCAUGGGCUCGGCCAUUUCGACGCCAAAAGUAUUUCGAGAAAACGGACAUUAUAUAUCUUGCUCGUGAGGAUGGAGCCAUCAUUCAUAUCGAGAUUGAGGCCAUGGAUCUGGUACCCUCGGUGACCAACGUCGGGUGCUUGGACACCAACAUCAACACUGCAUUUACCACUGCGUACGACAUUUUCUCCGACAUCUUGAUAAUUGGAGGCGACUCUGGACCCGGCGGAAUCUGGAAGCUUGCGCCUCGCACCGACCUCGAGCAAGUGAGCCUCCUUCCCAACUGGUCGCCGGUCGUGGACGUGGCCACGUCCAGUUGGCCCUCUGUCGGUAGUGCCGCGCCUACCAGGCGCCAGGGUGCUAACGUCGCGCGGAUGCCACCAAGAAAACCUCUGACGAGACCAGACACGGUGUUCACCGCGUCUGGCCGCGGUUUUAAAGGCAGCGUGACGCAGUGGAGAUGGGGCAUACAGGGAAGGAUAGGCCUAGAUAUAGAAUUCGGCGAACCCAUCAGGCACUCGUGGGCCUUUGCGCUGGCGAACCCGGGAGGGAGCUGCGGCCUUUCUGCCCUGUUGGCCCUCCCCUACUCAUCCGCCGUGCUUCAGUUCUCGGAAGACUUUAGUCAGGUCAACGCCUUGGCCGCCGAAGACACGCCGUUUGAUCUCACAUCACGCACUUUGGAUACCUGCAGUUCGCCGCAGGGCAUGGUGACGCAGGUGACAGAGAGAGCUGUCACCGUGACUACGGGCUUUCAAAGCUCGCGUAUCUCUCUUGAGGAGAUCCUUUCCCAGGACAACGCCUUGGCGGGAAACGCCUGCUGUGCUGACGACACGAUCAUCCUAUCCACGCACAGCUCUGCAACCGUCACGGAUGCUCCAGAUGCCGACAUCCAACUCGAAUCCCUGACCAGUAUUUGCCUCGUGCACCGAAACGCCGCCGGUGAAGCCUAUUUCGUCGCUGGGACCAGAUGUGGGCAUCUCCUGAACAUCAGGAUCACGGGCCAAGGCGCUGAGCGAAUAGCUUGGGCGGUCGAGACGAUUGGUCUUGCUCCGGUUGAUGUGUUUCCGGCCUCAGAACCCUUCAACGGAACUGCGGCAGUGCUUUUGUGCUGCGACAAUGCCUUGAUCAUGAUGACGGACCUCUCCCCGCAUGACGGAAAGUUGCAUGGGAAGCAUUUCGUUUGGCUCACUGACGCGAACGACGUGUCAAUGCCCUCGCCUCCUGUGCACUCAGCCUGUAGUUUGCGGCACAACAUAUCCGCCUCUCCUGGACACAUGUCUUUGAUGGCCCAAGCAGGGUCGAGAUUGCUUGUUGCGGAGAUCUGGCCUCAUGUUGGCCUCGUGCCCAGGAGCAUCUCGGUCGAAGGCACGCCCACCAGGAUCAUUUACUCGCAGACAUGGAACUGCCUGGUUGUAGCACUGCUCCGAGGUGACAGGCCAACAUUGGCUUUUAUCGACCCUGAAUCUGGCGACACGAUUUCAGUGCCUUCGGACAAGGACGGGACAGCUUUGGACUUCGUCGCCGGCCUCGGUCAUCCAGGCGAUAGGAUCUAUUGUCUGCAUGAAUGGCUAUACGUCAAAGAUGGCAAAACCUUUUCGUUUAUUCUCGUGACGACAAAAGACGGACGACUUCUCAUUGUGUCGGUAAAUAAACCUAAGUCUCGGGUAGGUGAAAAACGCCCCAGCCGGCUACUCUACUGGACGCGCUACAAAAAGGCGCUGGGACAGCCGAUUUAUUCGGUUGUUGGGGACGACCAAGGCAUCAUCUUUUGCGUCGACCGGACCAUCCGCUGGGAGGUGCUCGACCUGGCGGAGAAAAAGUUGAGGUUGAUGAACGAAUACGAACUGGACUCGCCGGCGACGUCGCUUCGCGUGGAGCGGGGACAUCUCUUAGCUCUGACAACACUGCACUCGUUGGAGGUUAUUGACUACAGGAACAAGAGGAGCGGAGGCAUGGCACUGGUACACUCGGACCGCGUUUCGCGGAGGACGAUUCACAUGAUUGAUGCUGGAGACGCGACGGACGGACUUGGCGGCUGGCCAGUGACGCUCCUCUCUGACCAGACAGGAGGCAUUGCAGGGAUAUGGGUUCCAUGGUGGCAGCGUGGCAAGGAGUUUGACGUUGUCUUUGAGGGGAUGCUGCCGACAUCGGUGAGACGAUUCGUGGGAGCGCGGAGCCGGCCGCUGUGGUGUGCGGACGGGCGCCGGCCUCGCUACGGGACCAUGGCGAGCACGCACGACUGUGCCGAUAUCCUGGGCAUCUCGCUCGACGGCUCUCUACAGCACUUUACCCUGCUCGAGCUCGACUUGUGGCGAUUGCUCUGCCUGAUACAGAACAUGGCGCGCAGGAGUGCGGAUGUGUCAGCCUUGGGCGAGUCUGGGUUGUUUGGCGGCGGUGACGACGUCGAGGCAGCCGAUGCGGGAUUGGAACCAAGGCAGCAUCCAAAGCGCAUGCACGUUGACGGAGAUGUGCUCGAGCUAUGUCUCCGGCGGCGAAGCUUGGAAAAGAUGGUGGGCAAGGGCAAGGGGCUCGGGUUGUUCCGCGAGUGCCUGGACCGACUCGAGGGAGGCCGUCACACUCGUGGGCUCCGAGACGGAGCUGUGCCGCAACAGGAGAGAGACGACGGGUACAUGAGGCUUGGGUACGAGAUCUUAGAGUACGUCUUGGCCCCUGUCAUGUAG